AUGAGCUCUUUGGCAAAAUUAUUUGUGGAAAAAGCGAUUGCAAGUAAUCCUGUCACCGUCUUCAGCAAAUCUUAUUGCCCCUAUUGUUCAGCAGCAAAAAAGACCUUGACUGACUAUACCGCUCCUUUCAAAUCUUAUGAGAUAGACUUAUUAGAUUCUGGAUCUGAAAUACAAGCAUACCUCAUGGAAAAGACGAAUCAAGGAACUGUCCCAAGCAUUUUUUUCAAAAAUGAAUUUAUUGGGGGAAACUCAGACCUUACUAGACUUCGUAACAACGGAAAAUUAUCGACCAUGCUUGCUAAAUUACAAGGAACCUCCAACUAG